UGGCGGAGAUAAGGGUCCUCGGCCCCGGGUGUGAGCCAGCUGGGCCCGCGGCAAACACUCCACGGUCCCCGGGCAGGUUGAGGCUCCCCCCGCGGGGCCCUGGUUGCUGGGCGCUAAAGCAAACGGGCUCUAUUUGCCCAGUCUGCGAUGACAAUGCAGUCGCCAAAUAUUUGCCAGCCCGGCCGGCCGAGGAGCCCAGCUAUAAAUGCUUGAGCCCAGGUGCAGGUGGGCCUGCCCCGCGGGAGCUGCAGGCCUCGGCAGCCACAGCUGCUGCCCUGGAGACGCGGGCUCGAGGAGAUGGCCGCGGGCGUGAUCCGGCCUCUGUGCGACUUCCAGCUGCCCCUGGCAGCCCGCCGGCCCUUCCUGCCCUCAGACCCGGAGCCCCAGGAGACCUCCGAGGACGAGGAGGAGGAGGAGGAGGAGGAGGAGGACGUGCCAGAGGCUGCGGGGCUGGGCGGUAGGAGCCCAGGCCCCCUGGCCUCGGGCUGGGCCCCAGAAGCAGCUCCUCGGGGCCCCAGCAGCCCAGAAACACCCCUGCGGCUGCUGCGGUUCUCCGAGCUCAUCAGCGGCGACAUCCAGCGGUAUUUCGGCCGCAAGGACGGGGGGCAGGACCCUGACGCCGGUGACGUCCACGCAGACGACCUCCAGUGCUCUGACCCAGCACGCCCGGCUCCGGCUGGGCCCCCAGACAGCGAUGAGGCUGCGCAGCCCGGAGUGCUCUCCCCCAGGGGUCCCGAGGGGCAGGCUCGCGGGCUGGGGCCGCUGGCCGAGCUCUUCGACUACGGGCUGCGGCAGUACCCAGUGCUUGGGGCCCCGGCCGGCAGGCGGCUCCGGCUGGAGCGCAAGUAUGGCCACAUUGUCCCCAUGGCCCAGAGGAAGCUGCCGCUCUCCUUUUGGGAGGAGCCGGCCCUGGGCCCCCUGGGCCUGCUCCACCCUGGCACACCUGACUUCAGCGACCUGCUGGCCAGCUGGUCGGUGGAGACUGGCCCCGAGAUACCCGGGGGAGGGGCCCCCCAGGCCCUGGACGGGGUGCCGCUGGCCGAGGCCUAGUGAGCGGGUCAGGGUCCGUGGGGCACCAGGGGCAGCAGGCACUGCCUUUCCUUCAGGGGCGCAGCCUGUCACUGCUCUCUCUGCUGGAGCCCCAGGGGCCGUCCCACCAAGGUGGCCGGCCACCAGCAGGACAAGCCAGCUCAGGGAGGGAUGUCCCAGGCCUGGGGAGGCUAGGCCAGGCUCCUCCUGGGGCCUGGAGCUGCCACCACCAGAGGACCCCUGCGCAGGGAACAGGCGGGAGACACCAUCUCAGACAGCCUGGCCCUUAGCCCUCGGAGCUCUGCCCCUGGGAUGGGAGGGCAGGUGGGCUCAGGUGGUUUGCACACUGUGCCCCACUCUGGGUGAGGCCCACUGGCCCCACCAGACCUGCCCUGAGGUCUCAGGUCGGCAGCCGCCCGCCUGGCUGGUCCUGAGGCUGCCCCUCCCUCAGGCCCCACAGCAGGUGGCAGGACCAGCUCCCGUGGGAUGAGCAACGGUGUUCUUGGAGGCAGGAGGAAGGGGCACUAUGCGAGUGUGUGAGCAAACACACAGUUUGCUCCCUAUGGUAGGGCAGACGGAGCUGCUUUCCAGGUUCGCCACCUCAGUGUGAAGGGCUUGGCCAGCCACCGAGGGCCAGGGGCCAAGACCCCAAGCCUGGGCCAACUGGCCCUCCACAGGGCCUACCAGGAGCAGGCAGGGCUCCGGAACUCUGCGGCUGUGGGCAGGACAGCCUGAGACGGUGGCGGGCCUGCAGCUCGGCUGGGCCUCAGACAGGGGAACGGACCCUCCUGGGAAGGAGCUCAGACUCAGGUCCACAGGAGCUGGCACCUUUAUUUCUGGGCAAGGGGCAAGGACAUGAGCUGGUGGGAAGGCUCCUGGCGGAAGGACUUCUCCAGGAAUGCGCUUGGCCUCCGCUGGGCCACCAGGUUCAGGAGGACCGCCUUCCACUGCAGCCACCUGCCCAGGAAACGCGGCUCAGGUCCGCUGGCCUUGGGGCCUCCCAGGACCACCCCAGACCCGGAGGAGUCUCCAGACAGCAGCUCCCCGUAGCCCACCUCACGGCCUGAUACACGCCCCAGCGGUUCACAGGGACCACCUCUCCAGCAGCCGUGUCCUUGACGAAGGACUGCUGCUUCCCCAGGGCCGCGAGGACCCUUCUGCUGCCCAGCGUCAGGGCCCAGGGGCCCUCCUCACUCCGUAGACGAAGGAUGCUCUCACGCAGGCUGGCCGUCUCCUCCAUGCGCUGCGGACAAGGGCGUGUGAGGAGCAGCUGCUGCGGGAACCCAGGCAUCCGGCCCUCGGGGGACAGGACAGCCCUGGAUUUCUCUCUGACAAAACAGGGUCUUAUCUACCAGGAAACCCUGCUCGGGCCAGACACACAGACAUAUGGGCAUGGGAAUGCCCACAGAACCAGGGACCCGGCAAGGAGGGGUAGGGGGCCAGGAGCUCCCCCCAAGUGCAGGGACCACUUCGCACCAGCUUGGUUUCUGUAUUAAACUUGAGGUUCUGGAUAGUCUUGCUGUCCUGCAA